AUGCGCGAAGAAGCUCUCAAACUCAUCUCCCAGGGACUCACCCAGCUGUGUAUAGUCAUCUGGGUGGUGGCUCUGGCAUACCAGUGCUACGCCAACUUCCGAAACAAAAGAGUGGACGGAUUUUCGUUUGGAUUCCUUCUCUGCUGGAUUGGAGGAGACACGUUUGCAUUGUGGGGUGCUCUGCUGACCCACCAGCUGCCGUUCCAAAUCUUUCUCGCCACAUACUACUGCGGCAUUGACGCGAUUCUCCUCUCGCAGUACUUUUACUACGAGACUCUGGGCUAUGGAGCUCACAAAAUGGAGAGCACGGGCCCCGAAGUGACCGAAAUCGAGGUCCUGGACGGCUACACAAACACUCCUAUCGAGUUGGAGCGCAAGGGCAAAGCUCCUAUCGAAAUCCGAACCAAGAAAGCCACACCUGGCGGUCUUUCGGUCACACCCUCCCCAAACUACUACAGCAUUUCGGCCUCGUCCUCGUCCGUGCCCAAGUUCAUUCCCGGAAGCGUCACCAAGGCGUUUCUGGCAGCCUCCUUUGGAGCCUCUAGAGCCGCAGCUGCUCCCAUUGUCAUGAAGGGGGUUAAGACGGUUGUAGACAACACAGAUGCCCACAUGUCCACGGCAGCCAUUCCUCUCCUCUCAGCUCUCACUCUCGGCAUCUUUGUGUCCUACACAUCCUCUCUUCUCUACACAGUGUCGCGAAUCCCCCAGGUGUACAAGAACUACAAGCGGCAGAGCACUGAGAACAUGGGUCUGGCCAUGUUCAUUGCUGCCUGCUGUGGAAACGCCACCUACUCUAUGUCCAUCUUUGCCAUUGGAUUGACGCUGGAGGAGUCAGUGAGACGGGCCUUCUUCAUCAAAGAAGCUCCGUUUGUCGGAGCUGCCAGCAUAACUGUGCUGUUCGACUUUGUCAUUUUCUGGCAGCGAUGGAAGUAUGGAGAGGGAAGAAAGGCGGAGACGCUGCCGCUAUUGGCCUAG